AUUAAAUAUAAAUUAAAAUGGAUUAUGAGUCAUUGUAUAAAUUGAUCCCUAAAGAACCAAAGAAAUGGUUGACUUAAGAUGUUAUAAACUGGCUAAAAUUUAUAGGACUAGGAUAAAUGGAAUAAAAAUUUGGUAUUUAAAUAUAAAGAAUAUAGUUGAAUGUUCUAUUGAUGGAGCUGUUUUGGAAGACUUGACCGAAAAAGAUUUAGACGAAGAAUUAGGGAUUACAUAAAGAAUUAUUAAAAGAAAAUUGCUUAAUUGUAACGAGGUUAUUAAUUUUAGGGGUAAAUCAUGGACUAAAAGAAUAUAAUGAAUAUAUAAAAUAAAUGAAAAUGCCAAAUCUAAAUAACAAGAAAUAGUAAGAUGAAGAUUUCACUAUAUAAAAAAACGUUGCAAAUAAUCAAUUUGAAUAAAUGUUGAUAGAGAAUCAUGAAAAUAAUAGCAACGAUUAAUUCAUAAGUUCAGUUGUUAGAUAGGAAGAAUUAGCAAUCAAAUAAGAAAUACCAGGAUUUAAUAAAUUUGAACACUAAUUAAUACUUUAACCAAUAGAAGGAUAAUAAUCUAAUUUUUAUUGUGUAAGAGAAGCAGGUGCCAAAAUAGGAAGACAUUCAAGCAAUUAAAUUCUAAUUUUGGAAGAGAAUAUUAGUAGAUUUCAUGCUGAAAUAAUAUUCUAAGAUUCCACGGUAUAUAAAAUAGUUAUAAAAUGUAGUUUGCACUUAAAGACAUAGGAAGUACAACAGGAACAUUUAUUAAAAUACUUAAGAGUUUAACAUUAAAAUAAGGUAUGCUAAUUGAAUUGGGAAGUAACUAAUUCUCAAUUUAGAAAUUAGAUUUAUUAGACAAUGGAGGAAUUGAAGUAUGAUUUAAUAAAAAUUUGUAGAUCUCUUUAUUUGUAGUUGAAGGACCUAAUUUAGAAGAUACUAUAACAUUUUAAUUAAAUAAAGAUAAACCAUCUGUUACUCUUGGAAGAAAAUCAACAGUUGAUAUAUCAUUCCCUGAAGAUCAUCAUUUAUCUAAUUAACAUGCUAAAUUUUAUUUAGUUGAUUAAACUGUUACUAUUGAAGAUCAUGGUUCAACAAAUGGGUAAUUUCAUUUCUAUUAAUAUAUUAGAUCUUGGAUGAGACUAUCAGGAGAAGGUAAAAUGAGUAAUCUUUUUUAUUUGGAUCCAAAUGAAGAAAUCAUUAUAAGAAUUGGAACAACUAACUAAUAUAUUUGUCAAUAAAAUAAAAUGAAGGUUAAUGAAAUCUCUGGUGAAAACUUAUGCAUUAUAUGUGUUGAAAGAGAAAGGGAUUGUUUAAUAUUACCAUGUAAACAUAAUGCCACUUGUUUAAAAUGCAGUAAGAAUUUGGCUCUUUGUCCCUUCUGUAGAGUCAAAAUCUAAGAGACUAUCAGAAUUUAUAAAAAUUGAC